GCGGAAACCGUCGUCGUGUAGUCUCCUGGAAGAUUCCUGAAGAUCUGCUCAGGCUGUAGGAUCUGGUUUCUGGAAUCCUGAGACAAGUCAAUGCAGUCAGGGGGAAGAGAGAGCAGCAGGAUGAACGCUCUCUGACCUAGCACUCAAAACGUUUAAAAAUACAUCUUGGACAGCACAGACUUUACAAAGAUUGCGGUGGUUUGAUUCCCCACCAACCCUACACACACCAUGACGUCCUCCAUGCUCCGCCGACAGCUGAAGAACCUGGUCCAGAACUACUCUGAGGCUGAGGUCAAGGUGAGAGAGGCGACUUCUAAUGACCCAUGGGGCCCAUCCAGCACUCAGAUGGCAGACCUCUCUGAUCUGACCUACAAUGUGGUAGCCUGCAACGAGAUCAUGACGAUGCUCUGGAGGCGUCUGAAAGACGACAAGAACUGGAGACACAUCCACAAGUCCCUGACACUGUUGGAGUACCUGUUAAAGACCGGGGACGAUCGCGUGCUUCUGCAAAUGAAAGACAACAUCUACAUCGUCAAAGCUCUCACAGAGUAUCGCUUUAUAGAAAAGGAUGGCAAAGAUCAGGGAGGUAAUGUGAGAGAGAAGGCCAAAGUCGUCCUUGUUCUUAUGGAGGACGAUGAUAAACUGAAGGAGGAGAGAGACUUUGCCAUCAUGACCAGGGAGAAGACGUCAAAGGGUGCUGGUGCCUCAUCAGUGGCCGUAGUCAAGGAUCCCAACUACAAGCCAUGCUACGUUGCCGGGACCUCUGGGCUUCCAUCUUUAGACAACAUACCCUCUGUGGCUGACUUGACUGCUUCCUUUGCUGCUCGCAAAGAGGAGCGUAUUAAACAGGAAGCUGAGAAGAAAGACAUGGAGAGGAGGGCCAAGAUGAGUGAAGAUGAGCUGCAAUGGGAGGAUGCCGGUAAAGGCAAUGAUGCUCAAGGAGCUACUUGGGGAGGAGAGAAAUCAGAGGAGAAAGAGGAGGAGAAGGAAGAGGAGGUAGAACCAGACCCAUGGGGAGCCUCCAACGAACCUAAAAAGGUCACAGAUCCAUGGGGGGCAAAAACUGAUGAAGAUCAGUUUUCAGCACCAAAAACCAAUGAAGAUUCAUUUGAUGCGCCAAAGAAUGGAGAAGAUCCUUUUGUAGCUCCAAAAGAUGAACCAGAUCCAUUUAAUGCGUUGAAUGAUGACCCGUUCAACGCACCAAGAGAUAGUUCAGACCCCUUCAAUGCAAACAAGGAUAAGGGAGAUCCAUUUACUGCUCCAAAAGAUACCCCAAAAGUAGAUCCCUUCAACAGUGCAAAGGUUGAUCCAUUCAAUGCUCCGAAAGAUGAUCCAUUCAAUGCUCCGAAAGAUGAUCCAUUCAAUGCUCUGAAAGAUGAUCCAUUCAAUGCUCUGAAAGAUGAUCCAUUCACUGCUCCGAAAGAUGAUCCAUUCAAUGCUCUGAAAGAUGAUCCAUUUAAUGCUCUGAAAGAUGAUCCAUUUAAUGCUCUGAAAGAUGAUCCAUUUAAUGCUCCGAAAGAUGAUCAAUUCAAUGCUCUGAAAGAGGAUCCAUUUAAUGCUCCGAAAGAUGAUCAAUUCAAUGCUCUGAAAGAGGAUCCAUUCAAUGCUCUGAAAGAUGAUCCAUUUAAUGCUCCGAAAGAUGAUCAAUUCAAUGCUCUGAAAGAGGAUCCAUUCAAUGCUCUGAAAGAUGAUCAAUUCAAUGCUCCAAAGGACGAUCCUUUCACUGCACCAGCAUCAACACCCCCUAAAGAAGACCCAUUUUCUGCACCAGCAUCAUCUAAAGGUGACCCAUUUACUGCCUCCACGACAUCACCUAAAGAAGAUCCUUUCUCUGCACCAUCCAAACCUUCAAAAGAUGAUCCCUUUGCUUCUCCAACAACACCACCCAAAGAGUUUUCUUUCAAUGCCCCAUCCAGACCAACAAAAGCGGAUCCCUUUGCUGCUGCAACAACACCACCCAAAGAGGAUCCUUUCAAUGCCCCGUCCAAACCUUCAAAAGAGGAUCCAUUUGCUUCUCCAACAACACCACCCAAAGAGUUUUCUUUCAAUGCCCCAUCCAGACCAACAAAAGCGGAUCCCUUUGCUGCUGCAACAACACCACCCAAAGAGGAUCCUUUCAAUGCCCCGUCCAAACCUUCAAAAGAGGAUCCAUUUGCUUCUCCAACAACACCACCCAAAGAGGUACCUUUCUCGGUACCAUCCAAGCCUACGAAAGAGGAUCCUUUUGCUUCUCCAACAACACCACCCAAAGAGGAUCCUUUCUCUGCACCAUCCGAACCAACAAAAGAGGACCCUUUCGGUGCACCAACGACACCCCCUAAAGAGGACUCAUACAGAGUGCCAUCCACUCCAUCAAAAGAUGAUGCCUCAGAUCCCUUCAAUGACCCUCCAUUGAGCUCGCCCAAAGAGAGUGCAGAUGCGUGGGGAGCCCCUGCUACCUCCCCACCCUCCAGCAAGGCAGAUCCAUGGGGGGCGCCAUCUGCUCCAAAGGAAACAAAAGGCGGAGAUCCCUGGGAUGACGGAGCAAGCGCCUCCUCACCAAUUGAGAAUUCCUAUGCAUUUGGAGAUGCAUCCAAACUGGACGAUGACCCUUGGGGAGCCCCAGCUGCAGCUACAAUAAGCACAGAUGAUGCGUGGGGAUCACCCGCUCCCCCCAUGGACUCCUCCGCAUCUAGUGACCCCUUUGGAGACGGAGCUUCUAAAAAAAGCGAUCCUUGGGGUGCACCGAGCAACGCAUCUAACGGGACAGGGAAUCGAACAGCGCUGGAAGAGAACUCGUAUAGAAAGACUGCUUCGUUUCUGGGCUCUGUGGGGGCGUCGCUAGUCGACUUGGACGAUCUAUUUUCUUCUAACCCUAAACCCAACCAGAGUCCCUUCGUCAACACGCUCGUCACCCAAACACAAGUCAUCGGCGCUUUCAAAGCCAGGGGCAUGACAUCUGGCCCUGUGGUCAGAUCAGGGGCUGUUGCUGGACUGUCCCUUCCUGAAACAUCAACCCCAUACUGCAGUCCCUUCGGUCCCUCCUUUGCUCCGUCCUUUGUCGCACCUACUCCAAAUUUUCGAGCCGCUUAUCCUGCCAGGGAAACUCUCUUAUUUCGGCCACCAUCACAUACCAUGGGAGUGUCUCAUCCUGGCUUAAAUAUGCUUCAAACAGCUCAGGUGGCUCCUCUGUGUUCAGGAACUGGAAUGGUAAAAUCACCUUCUGUGGGAGGGAGUCCACACAUGGGGCUUAACAUGAACCCCCUCUUUAGAGGAGUGGUGCAGUCUGGAUCUCUGGGGAAUCCAUUGGCAGACCCCCUCUUAUUGGGAACAGGAAUGGGUCAGUCCAGUGUCUUUGGAGGGAAUCACCUAACAGGCAAUGCUAACAUGGGAGGAUCCACUGAAGGGGGGGGAGCCCCCUUCCAGCCACAGUUGCUCUCAGGCAGUGGGUCGGGUGAGACGGUGCACAAAAACAACAAUCCAUUCCUGUUCUGAAAAAUGUACCUCUUUCCUGUCAAGCACUGUAUUCAAUGACGUUGAAUGCAUCAGUGUAGCAACCAUUUUCCAAAAUAUAGCUCAAGGAUUUUCAAUUGCUUUCCCAUGCAUGUAACAGGCUGCCAUGAGUUACAAUUACCCUCCUGUGGGGAAUUUUCCAUCAGGAUUUUUGUCAUACUUAUCCGAUUUAAAUAUAGCAUUCCUUUCAGGGACGGGAGGAGUGAAAAAUCAGGCAGCCUGGAAUUAGGGAAACAUUAUUAACCCUUUUGGUAUACUUUUGGAAAAAGACCAGUAGUUAAAAGAAUACAACUCUAAAACAUGCAUACCACUUGUGUGACCUUUAAAUAAACCCAACAGCUCCUCCGUUAAGGCCUCCACACACUGGGGGGUUUGACACAUUGACAAUAGCUGAAAUGUGAAUUACUAGCCUGCUAAUAUUGUACAGUACUUUCUAGGGCUUUUAUUAUGAAAGGUAAGAACAAAAGGACUGGAUCAGGUAUGCGCUACCGUGAUAGGAGAAAACAAAUUUACACUUUUGGUUCAGUCAACCGAGCCGAUGUGUUGCUGUUAUAGUUGUUAUUAAUAUAGGUGCAACUCAACCUGGACUGCACAAUGUGUUUGGAUGAUUACCAUUUUUCUGGGUGCAAAAGCUCAGAAAUAUUGAGGGAUAGGGUGAGGGAUCCGAAAAAAAAGACAUUGCUUUUUUCUUGGGUAAUAUCGGCCUUCUGUGUAAAAAUAGUUAUGACAAAAAACAAUAGUUUAAAAUAACACUUAAACAAAAACACCCCCAGUGUGUGAAUGCCGACUUGCCUACCCCUGAAAUCUACACAUGAGGGUAAUGAUAGCCAUGACUUAAAUGUAAUGUAUAAAUAAGAACACACACAAAAUAUGGAUGAAACUGCAUACUUCCUUUCAUGUAAUUUAUUGGAACAGCCAGCCGUAGUCUUUUCCAUGCACUAGUCUGAGAAACGAGAGCACCUAAUAAUUGUUGAUGUGGAAAUACUGAAGAAUAACUGUUGAUGUGAGGGUUGACCUGUAAAACAUUGGCAGAACUGAGGUGGGAAAGAAGUCCCUCUAGGCUCUCAUUAAGUGUGUAUGUGUUUGUACAAGGUGGCGUGUGUGUGACCUGCAUGCACGCAGUGUGUGUGUAUAUAUUGUUCUGUUGUAAAUAGUGCAAGUAAUCACAGAUAAACCUUGAAAUAUACUGUAUAUUAGAGUGUUACAAUCAUGCGUAACUAUUUAUUAAUCUAAUGAUUGAUUUAUGACUUAAUUAUUUAUUGAUGCAGCAAUGGGCAUCCAACAAAGUUCAGGUUAACCUCCAUUACAGUGUCAUCUUCACACGGGUUGACCUGAAGGUGUUGAUUUUAAGCGUGAUCGUCUUCAAACACUGCAUUAUCAAUCAACUCGGUAACCAAUGGUGGCUUUCUUUUCCCUGUUUAUUUUUGUAGUCGUUCUGGAUUCAUUGUGUACUUGAACAUUUCCCCACUGUACCUCCUACCAUUUUCAAGUAACAGAAAUGAAAUUACUGUAUGAUUACAAGUUGCAGUAUUGGCUGAAUAAAAACCGAAUUUGAAGAGCA